AUGGGAGUGGCCAACCAUAGCUCUAUGGGAGAUUUCAUCCUGGCAGGCUUCUCUAACCAGCCAGAGGUGGAAGCGCUACUGUUUGGGCUCAUCUCCAUCUUCUACUUCCUUACCCUAGUGGGCAACUCGACCAUCAUCCUGGUAUCCUGCCUCGACCCUCGUCUCCACACCCCCAUGUACUUCUUUCUAAGCAACCUCUCCUUCCUGGAGCUCGGUUUCACCACUAGUUGUGUCCCCCAAAUGCUGGUCAACCUGAUUCGUUCAGACAGGGUCAUCAGCCACCUUGGUUGUGUUGCCCAGCUCUAUAUUUUCCUGUGGCUUGGAGCCACCGAGUGUGUCCUGCUAGUGGUUAUGGCCUUCGACCGUUAUGUGGCCAUCUGUCAACCCCUGAACUACUUGACUAUUAUGCAUCCACGGCUCUGCUUCCUGCUGGCUACUGUGGCUUGGGGGGCUGGGCUAAUUCAGGCCUUGAUCCAGUCUUCGUCCACGCUCCGCCUGUCUUUCUGCCACAUCCGAUUGGUGGAGGACUUCGUGUGCGAGGUGCCUGCUCUGAUCCACCUUGCAUGUGGGGACACCACCAUCAACGAAGUCCAGAUGUCUGUGUCCAGUGUCCUCUUCUUGGUGGUGCCCUUGAUUUUGAUCCUGGUUUCCUAUGGCCACAUUGCUGGGGCUGUGAUGAGUAUCAAAUCAAAUUCAGGAUGCCGCAAGGCCUGGAGAACGUGUGGAUCCCAUCUGGUGGUUGUCUUCCUCUUUUACGGCACCGUCUCAGCCGUCUACCUCCAUCCCAAGAACCACUAUGCUCAGCAGAAGGGUAAAUUCCUCACCCUCUUGUACACUGUGGUCACCCCCAUGCUCAACCCGCUCAUCUACUCCCUGCGGAACAAGGAGGUCAAGGAGGCUUUCACCAAGAUUCUGAGGCGGCUUCAGGAUAGCAUGGCUGGCCAGAUCAGAGCCGAGGAUGCCAUGCUUGAGCCAUUCCCCAAUGCCCAUAGAGUUGUCAUAAAUUUCAAAGACGAUGUUUGA